AUGCUGUUGGACUACUUCAAGCAUAUCAUUGACAUCAGUGGCGCUGAUGUUAAGGGAGCGACUGAUAAUUCUCCUCAAGAUAAGAUCAGCUGCAGUAACAUUAAAGCUUAUAGUGGUGCCGAUACCAACAGCGAUAACAACCUUUUACAAAGGGUAUUCGAUGCUUAUCCCGGAGCAAAGAAGAGCGAGAAUAAUGCCGAUCCUACUGCCGUCGAAAGCCCUCAGUAUCUUGAUGACUUUAUAGGAAUGGACCAGUGGACAAACGGUGACGCAAAGGCAAGACUCCUGUUGUAUUACUCAUCUAACGCCGAAGACGUACGCGCUCAGUGUGACAAAUUGGUUGAAUCCGCAAACGACGUCACAGCUGAGACAUCUAAAAAGGAAGCCGAAACUCGCAUUGACAAGAAACUUGGAAGACUCGAGAAGAUAGCUAUCGGUAUCGAGAUGUUCAGUGUUGACGUAGCAAUUCAGGCUAUGAUAAACCAGAAUCGGCGAAUUUACGAGAGACUUCUGGAUAUCGAUAAUAACGCCAAAGGCUGUAUGGAUGACCCUGCGGUAAAGAACGGUAUCUGGUCGUUUGCCGAGGCAUACAAAACCUUUAUGGCUAGCAGAUUUGACGGCACCGAAACGUGGUCUAUCAACGACGCUGCCAACUAUGGAAAGACAAAGCUUACUGAGAAAUUGACGUCUGACUUGGCGGCGGCUGCUAAUGUGGCGGCGGCAGACGAGCAGCAGUGGCAAGCUAAAAUUGGGACGUGGAAUGCUAGCAAAUCAGGUCCCGAGGUCGGCCAACGUCCCGGCUGGUUGACAGAUGCUCCCACUCUGACUGACCGUAUUUCCCCUACCAUCUCAACACCUGAUGGUUACUCUUGUACCAAAACUGUCACCGAGACCAUGUGUAACCUGGGAACAGGCGGACACGGGCCAGCCUGUGUAUCGCACUCACGCUGCGAUUCAUGGGUCAACACCAAGACCACCAGCAGUAAACCAAGCCCCAGCCCUACGCUAGCCAGUCCAAAGUUCUCUGAGAACAUUCUCCGCUGUAACAAGAGCGGCCAGGCUUCAAACCCCAAUGCCAUUACCUAUGCCGCCCAAUCCUUCUGCCGCGAUAUAGUGGCCAAGAAUAAGGACAACGGGUAUUAUUGGUCUAAUUAUAGGCUCGAAGGGAAGAAGGUGCCUUCGACCGGGUAUCACUUCCAGCUUGAUUUCUCAGUGAGGAAAAAUUGUCUGUGGAAGGCUAACUACGACGAGGGUAUGAAGUACAUGCAAGUUGCUAUCGAUAGUUGUAACGGGCGCAGCAAGUCGGACAAAUUAGGUGGAUGGGUUCGGGAUAACUGUAUUGAGGCUAUUAUUAACCCUAGGCGUGGUGGUUAG